CUGGGCUUCGGGGCAACGUUAACCGGCGCCCGCCGCCACCGGAGCAGGAGGUACCGGGGCCGCGUGGAGGAUGGGAAAGAUUGAGUGAAGUGGGAGCUGGGAUGUGCUGCGGGGAGGUCCAACCUCAGAGUCCACUUCCCUUCGCUGCUAGUGUCCCUCUGGCUGCCAAGUGAAUGAGUCAGGGAGUGAAUGAGUUUCCUGUGUGCCCACUGUGUGCCAGGCGCUGAGGACGGCCCUGGAGAGAGAAAGUGUACAGGCCCUCAUGUGCCAAGGAGGUCUGUCUGGCCAACUCCCUUCCAUGGAUUUGCAGGCGCGGGAAGCAUGUGGAAGGCCGUGUUCGUGUUGCAGAGAAGGUUGGCUGCUGAGCCAGGGCGUGUCUGCAGGAGGCCUGCCAGGCUGCCCGGAUCCCCACCUCACCACCAUGGGCCACCCAGGCUGACCCGCCGGUUCCUGCUGGAGGCUCCUGGUGUCAUUCCGAGAGACCAUGUCCAGGGCCCCUGACUGCCUGCUGUGGCCACUCCGGGGCAUCCCGAGGCCGCGGUCCUGCACCCUGUUCAUCAUCAGCUUCAAGUUCAUGUUUUUGGUCUCCAUUAUGAUCUACUGGCACGUUGUCGGGGAGCCCAGGCGCCAAGGGCAGUUCUCCAACCUGCCUGUAGACGUUCCCUGCCCCCGCUUGGUGCCCCCCACCCCGCCCUCCAGCACGCCCCCUCAGGGCAACAUCUUCUUCCUGGAGACUUCAGACCGGACCAACCCCAACUUCCUGUUCAUGUGCUCAGUGGAGUCCGCUGCCAGGGCCCACCCCGAGUCCCGGGUCAUGGUCCUGAUGAAGGGGCUUCCCGGCGGCAAUGCCUCGUUGCCCCGGCACCUGGGCCUCUCGCUUCUGGGCUGCUUCCCCAACGUCCAGAUGCUCCGGCUGGACCUGGAGGAGCUGUUCCGGGACACGCCCCUGGCGACCUGGUACACGGCCGUGCGGCGGCGAUGGGAACCCUACCUGCUGCCCGUGCUCUCCGACGCCUCCCGGCUGGCGCUCAUGUGGAAGUUUGGCGGCAUCUACCUGGACACGGACUUCAUCGUCCUCAAGAACCUGAGGAACCUGACCAACAUGCUGGGCAUCCAGUCCCGCUAUGUCCUCAACGGCGCCUUCCUGGCCUUCGAGCGCCACCACGAGUUCAUGGCACUGUGCAUGCGGGACUUCGUGGCCCACUACAACGGCUGGGUCUGGGGCCACCAGGGCCCGCAGCUGCUCACGCGGGUCUUCAAGAAGUGGUGCGCCACCCGCAGCCUGGGCGACAGCCACGCCUGUCGUGGCGUCACCAUCCUACCCUGUGAGGCCUUCUACCCCAUCCCCUGGCAGAACUGGAAGAAGUACUUCGAGGAUGUCAGCCCCGAGGAGCUGCCCCAGCUGCUGAAUGCCACCUACGCCGUCCACGUGUGGAACAAGAAGAGCCAGGGCACGCGCUUCAAGGCCACGUCCCGAGCGCUACUGGCCCAGCUCCAUGCCCGCUACUGCCCCACGACACACGCGGCCAUGAAGAUGUACUUGUGAGGGGCCUACCAGGCCACCUCCCCACACCCCACAUCCUGAUGGAGAAGGGCUCCCAGCAGUCCUUCCUGGGGAGGCGAGAUGGGGGGCCCCGAGCUGCUGCAGCCCAGGAUUUGGGGCAGGGGUAGGGGAUGGCAGGGAAC